AUGUCCAAGGUCGAUGUUGAUCUGGGAGAUCUCUUAGCCAAGGGGCUCCCGACCGAUGUAAAGGUCACCAUCCGCCACAUCUCGUCAACUCCCACGGCGACCAAUGCUCUCUUCGCUGCGCCUCCAAGCGAAGAGCCCGAACCCACCUUUUGCGAGAACCACUUUCUGUCUACAUCUAUCACCCCGGCUGACAAGGAUGACGGGGCGGAAGUCAUUGUCUUCGGCAUCGAGGUGUUAGUCUACACUACGACGCACCUGACAACCAUCUUUGUGUCCAAGGCCGAUUCUACGGGUCAUCUCCAUCUACUCAAAGCUGCCCCGAAGAGCUCAAUGCUCAGGAAGGUCACCAAUACUUUUCUCUAUUUCCUUGUGCACACUCACCAACGACCCGGCGUUCGGCUGGUCGUAUCCCUCUUCGCCAGGUCUCAGAACCAGUACUUGUUUCCAGGGAGUAUAGAGAACCCAGAGAAGCAUGUCCUCGAUGACCGCGGGCUAAUCAAAUGGUGGUGUCGCUCUCUGGACCCAAUCCUUCGCGAGUAUGAGCCGGAAUCUGGAUCCCAGGAGCAGGAGAAGCAGCACGAAGAGUCGACCCGUAGCUCCGCCACGGCGUAUCUCAUAGUACCUAGCUGUGACAAGUUCGAGACCCGAGGGUUCUUCCCUAGCACAGCCAAAUCAGACGACAAGGACCGCCCUCGAUGGCUGAAUGCCUAUCCUCUUCGUCAGUUGUGCAGCAAGCCUGAUGCUCCGCCGCGCUCUUUAGUGCCUCGCUUCCCGGAUGACCCGAAGACGCGCUUUCUCAUUGAUUUGGACGAUGAGCUUCCAGAGAGUGCGAGUGGGGAAAGGGCCGGUCAGUGGAGGAGCGUGAAGUCCUUGGACCAGUUUUGGGAAAUGAUGUCCUUUCGUCAGGAGUGUUCUGCCGGGAGAUUGGUUGGGUUCUUGUGGCUUGUCAUUAACCCUCCUGGUGUUGUGAACUCGAAUCCAAUGCUGAGCAGCAAGGCCGGUCUUACGGAGACCAAGGACAUGCGGAAGACACAGACUCAGCCGCUGGGUUCUGAUGCUCCGGACGCCUCGGAACAGGCACAGGUCUGGGACGCUCCAAAAACUGGCGACGAGGCGUCAGCUUCUCAACCAAGCGAUCAGACAAGGCCACAGCGGACGAACGACGGAAGUGCAUUCUACUGGCCGCAGGCUGCGCGAGGACAUGCAGUGUUGAAUGAAGAGGAUUACAAAACGGCAAUCAACUUUCUUCUCGAGCAAGACUUUUAUAACGAGGAAGUCUCCUUUGCCAGCACGAAGGCGUUCAACGACAAAGUUGCAGCUCUUGCCGACGAGCUUUGGAUCGGUCAGCAAGUCGUGGGAAAGAAUCGCAACGAUGAAUUAAUAGUUCCAGAACAGACGCCCAACACACUUGCUAAUACUGUGUUGGUUCGGAAACGGAAAAAGGACGAAGGCGCAGCAUCAGACCAGGCACCGAGUGGAUCUACAGAGUUAAUACACAAUGCUGGAGUGAAUGUUCUACAGGGCAAUCUCAUUCGCAAGAAAAAGAAAACCUGA